CAAAAGCAAAGUCUUAAGAGUACUAAUUAGCAAAAAUGCUAACCAUUUCUUCUCCUAUGUUUUCAACUAAUGAUAAUUUUAAUUGGCUUUUGGAUGAUCCAAUAAGCCAACAAUUAAACAUUAAUCCCAUAGAAACUUUUCAUUCAUCAUCUUCAUCAUCACAAAAAAAUCUUCACCAUUGUGAUUCGAUUAAAUUUGAUCAGAAUAAUAUCAACGGUAAUGAUCAUAACCAACCUGAUCAGGCGGUAAAGAAGCUUAAUCAUAAUGCAAGUGAACGUGAUCGUAGAAAGAAAAUCAACGACUUAUAUUUUUCUCUUCGUUCUUUACUUCCUGCUUCUGAUCACACGAAAAAGCUUAGUAUUCCAUCAACAAUAUCAAGAAUUCUCAAGUACAUACCAGAGUUACAAAGUGAAGUGGAAAGAUUGAUUCAAAAGAAAGAAGAAUUUACAUCAAGAACUAUUUCCAAUAGAGAAAAAUCAAAUGAUUUUAACAAGCAAAAGAGAAUAAUAAGAGGUGGAAUUGAGAAUUCUUCACUAGUAAUUUCAGCGAGUGAAGUUGGUAAUAAAGAAAUAGUGAUACAAAUAUCAACUUUGAAGAACAAUAAGGGUUCAAUUGGUGAGGCUAUUUCAAUAUUAGAAGAUGAAGGACUUUUUCUACUAAAUGCAACUUCUUUUGAAACUUUUGAAGAUAGGGUAUUCUAUACCUUGCAUUUUCAGGUUGAAGGAACUAUGGUGGUUGAGGUUGACAUGUUAAGAGACAAACUUUCAUCUUAUUUUGAGAAGGAAGACAUUUUAUAAUUACUACAAUGAAUUUCUAUUUAGGAAGAUUUAAUUUAUAUGUAAAUGACAUUAUAUUUUCAGGUUAAUUUUUGCUUUUUGCUGUUUUUGAGUAGGACAUGAUCAGAAAAAAAAAUUAUAUAUUGUAAAUACCAUUUAAUUUUCCUUUCAUUAUGAAUGUGCCUUCAUCAUUUUCAAGAGAGGCAUUAUCUUGUA